CUUCUCUGCAACAAGCCUCCCAUCUGCCAUCAACAAGUUAAGACCGAGGGAACUAACAGCUGCGGAAAGGAAAGACUGAUGCUUUGAUUAACCAGCUGAGCAGUUAGAGGAGGGCGAAAUUAAUAACUUACAUUCAAAUGUGAUUUAAGGAACCAGAGUGAUCACAGAAAAUGAAACCAAUGCUUUUGAAAGGAAUAUCUUAAGGGAAAAAAACGACUCACCCUGGUGGAUUCAGUUUUACUCAAAAAGCCUGGGACACAGAAAACAGGAAACUGGUCAAAGGCUCCUGCAUGUUAGAGCCUUUUACAGACUCACUGCGUUGAGUCUAACAACCGCGACUGAAUGCAGCCUCCAAUGUGCUCGGAAGAAUGGGCUUACAUUUCAAGUGGCCGUUAGGGGCCCCUAUGCUGGCAGCAAUUUAUGCAAUGAGUAUGGUUUUAAAAAUGCUGCCUGCCCUGGGAAUGGCGUGUCCACCCAAAUGCCGCUGUGAGAAGCUGCUCUUCUACUGCGACUCUCAGGGCUUCCACUCAGUGCCAAACGCCACAGAAAAGGGCUCCCUGGGCCUGUCCCUGAGGCACAAUCACAUCACAGAGCUUGAAAGAGAUCAAUUUGCCAGCUUCAGUCAACUUACCUGGCUCCACUUAGACCACAAUCAAAUUUCAACAGUAAAAGAAGAUGCUUUUCAAGGACUAUAUAAACUUAAGGAAUUAAUCUUAAGUUCCAACAAAAUAUUUUACUUGCCAAACACAACUUUUACUCAACUGAUUAACCUGCAAAAUUUGGACCUGUCUUUUAAUCAGCUGUCAUCUCUGCACCCAGAGCUCUUCUAUGGCCUUCGGAAGCUGCAGACCUUGCAUUUACGGUCCAACUCUCUGCGGACUAUCCCAGUACGCCUAUUCUGGGACUGUCGUAGUCUGGAGUUUCUAGAUUUGAGCACAAACCGUUUGCGAAGUUUGGCUCGUAAUGGAUUUGCAGGAUUAAUCAAACUGAGAGAGCUUCACCUAGAGCACAACCAGCUGACAAAGAUUAAUUUUGCUCAUUUCCUACGGCUAAGCAGUCUGCACACACUCUUCUUACAAUGGAACAAAAUCAGCAACUUGACAUGUGGGAUGGAAUGGACCUGGGGCACUUUAGAAAAGCUAGACCUGACUGGAAAUGAAAUCAAGGCCAUCGACUUGACAGUGUUUGAAACAAUGCCUAAUCUUAAAAUACUCCUAAUGGAUAACAACAAGUUAAACAGCCUUGAUUCCAAGAUCUUAAAUUCCCUGAGAUCCCUCACAACUGUUGGCCUCUCUGGCAAUCUGUGGGAAUGCAGCCCUAGAAUAUGUGCUUUGGCCUCCUGGCUGGGCAGUUUCCAAGGUCGGUGGGAACAGUCCAUCUUAUGCCACAGUCCUGACCACACCCAAGGAGAGGAUAUAUUAGAUGCAGUUCAUGGAUUUCAGCUCUGCUGGAAUUUAUCAACCACUGUCACAGCCAUGGCUACAACUUACAGAGAUCCAACCACUGAAUAUACAAAAAGAAUAAGCUCAUCAAGUUACCAUGUGGGAGACAAAGAAAUCCCAACUACGGCAGGCAUAUCAGUUACUACUGAGGAACAUUUUCCUGAACCAGACAAUGCCAUCUUCACUCAGAGGGUAAUUACAGGAACAAUGGCUUUAUUGUUUUCUUUCUUUUUUAUUAUUUUUAUAGUGUUCAUCUCCAGGAAGUGCUGCCCUCCCACUUUAAGAAGAAUUAGGCAGUGCUCAAUGAUUCAGAACCACAGGCAGCUCCGAUCCCAAACACGACUCCAUAUGUCAAACAUGUCAGACCAAGGACCAUAUAAUGAAUAUGAACCCACCCACGAAGGACCCUUUAUCAUCAUUAAUGGUUAUGGACAGUGCAAGUGUCAGCAGCUGCCAUACAAAGAAUGUGAAGUAUAAUAUCUACCCAUCAUCAAAAUUACAUCAGAUAAGUAACCUAUUUUACAUAGUAGGGGCUAAAUAAAUAUCUAAUUUUUAACAAUGGUGACAUUAAGCCUAAUUUUCAAAACCAAGUGGAGACUUAAGUUUUCGAAGUAUUGAAGUGUUUUUAAUUUUUUUAAUGAAAUCAUAUUUUAAGUGUGAAAUGAAGCAAUGCUCACAUUAAUUUGCACUCUUGCUGGAAAGUCUAAAAAUGCUUACUUCAAAAUAUGACAUUUCAUGUAUGUGAUUGUGUACUAUUGAGUGUAAACAUUUACACUAAAGUCUCCAUAUGCUAUUUUUUCCUACUGAGAACGGUUUGGAGAGAAGCUACUGAGCAGAAAAAGAUACGGAUCAGUACUUGUGUGAUCACUGCUUUCCAUCCUAAGUACCACCACUGGCUUGCUGCUUAAAAGGAGACUUAGCAAAGUUCUCUUGUAUGAUAAUUUGGUAUUUACUCAAAUCUACAAUUUACUGCCAGUGUGGGAAGUAUAAUUUCAUGUAUGCUGAAGUCUGGUAAAUAUUAAAUACUCUUCUUCCAGAGUUUUUGCCUGGGUUAAUAGAUAUUAUCAAAGUCCACAUCAUAAAAUCAAAUCCUUUAUGUAAUUAUAAUAAGCUAAGUGACUCCUUAAUACAUUUGAACAAUGAAUCCAAGUGAUUGUGAAAAGGUCUCAUUACAAUGAAAUCAAUACCAAGUAAUUAUAAUGACUUUGCAUCAUACAUCUCUAGUUUGCCAUGAUUAACAUGCUGAUUUUUAUAGCAUUUAGAAAAUUGUUUUAAACUAGUAUUACAUUACCAUUUCACUGAUCAGUUUACUAAAGCCUAUAUUUACAUUUAUAUGUGAGAAAGAUUUAAAAAUUAGUUUGGAGAGAAAAGAGAGCAACUGAGUCAACUCAACCCUAUGACUUGCUCCCUCUAGUCUGAAAGCACACAUGAAAUGCUCUCGCGCUCACUCGUGUGCGCGUUCUCUCUCUCUCUCUCUCUCUCAACUGUCAUGAUCAAAGCUGCCUUGAGAAAGGGGUUUUAAACCUCUUUUGCCUUUUCCUGACCCUCAAACCUCACAGCCAAGUCAAAAUUAAUUGGCUAGCAACAGGCAUAACACUGAUUCUUAUUAGAAUAUAUUAUAAAGGAACCAUUAAAAACCACUUUCUAAAUAUUAUAUACUAAAACCGGACCUUUUGAUAAAGAUAUAUAUUCACACUAUAAAAGCAAUUCCUUCUAAGUGAAGGGAACAACAUAUCACUGAGGCAAACCUUUUUGUGGGAAAACAAUCUAUCUACAUGCUUAUGCAGCCACACAGUGGUAACUCAAAGGUGGCAUGGAGGUGAGGGGAUGAAAGGGAAAGGCAGCAUUUUAAAAUCUGACUCACAGAAACAGGUUAGCUGAAGUUAAGAGGCAGCCAAGAGUGAGGCAAAUGGGUAGCUGUACACUAUCUACAGGUCAAGGCCCUAGGACCUGCAGCUGAAAAGGGGAGGAGGAGGAGGUUCUCUAGUGUUAAUAUAAACAUUCCAUAAUUAACAAAUGAUAAUGAUGCCACACUUUUCAUGUAGAAAAGAGCCAUGGGUAUUACAUUUCUUCAAUUAAUGAUUUCCAUGGAAAAACUGUAACGUAUUUUGAGUUCAGAUGCAAGUUACCAAUUCACGCAGAAUUUUUCCAAAACAAAGUUCCGUGUAUGUAGCAGAAAAAAAAAACAAACCACAAGACAUUAGACCACUGACUUGAUUUUAGAAAAAUGAGGAUUUUUAGAAAUGACAUUUACUGUAUGUGAAAAAGAAAAGAACACGACCAUAAAAGAAAAAAGUUAUCGUUUCUUUAACAUGACAUUCUUCAUUCAAGGCGGAUUUUCUUCAUUGGACUGAAUUGGAAACCUGCUACAACUACAGUUUAACCAUGAGGCUUAACUUUUGUUACUACUAAGAGAGGGGGUCUGUCUACAUUUCAAAGAAAACGUGUCUCAGUAAAGAGCAGACACCAUCACAUUCUGUGGUAAAAAUGUACACUCUAAAUUUUUAAGGUGGGUAAAUCAGUUUGGCAAAGUCUCAGCCCAGUAGAGUUUGGCUGAUCUUGAGCAGUGAGCACUUCACCUCCUGUUGAACCAGACCCUGGGCCUGCCCAGGAAGGGACAAAAGCUGAUUUUAUGGCAUAGAGCACAGCACACUGCUCCCCUACAUAAGGGCUGGCUGGCUUUGAAAUCCCCAUUACAAAUGAGAGUUCCACAAGGUAAAAUUUACCCAACUCAUUUAUCAGGGAAGCCACGGCCAUUUGUCAGAGAAAAGCUUUGUCACAACACAGCUGUGUUCUGAACACACAAGAUUCCACUCGCCCUGAAGGACAGCAAAGGAGUAUUUUUUAUCAUUUCAACAACAUCAAAUUUAACUGAAACUAUGAAAACAAGGGUGAGAAGUACUGACUGGGAAUCCCCACAUUAGUACUAAAGAUUACAGUUAGUAAAAUGGACCCCCAAUCAGCAAAACCCCUAAUGAAAAUAGAAAAGUAAAUUGGAAACUCAAGCCAUUUAGUCAUUCAAGGGGAACAGUAGAGCCAAGGCCACCACAGCAUAAUUUCAAGGUAAAAAAUAACUGAUUUUUUUUGUCCUGCACUUUCUUGGUAAUGUUCUCUGGGGAAAAAAUGAGUAACAAUGCCAAAUAGCAUGUUCCUUUUUCAUUAAAGCGCAAACUUCCCUUUUAAAUUGCCUAUAGAGGACAGGGUUCCAUUUAACUUUGGCCUUUUUGUGUUUUGGUCUCAGCACAGGUUUGAGGAGGAGACUGUCGAUCACAUGUGCUCUUUCCCAACCCGCCAGGGUGAGAGCAUGGCAGCCACACUGCAGACCCUGCUAAGGAGAUGUCAGGGCUCUUGGUUUUCAGUUUUGUUGUAUCCUCCUCAGCCUCCUCUCCCAACACACCCAGUCCCCAGGCCCCACCUAAGGUUAGAGGAAAAUGACCACUUACCAAGAACCAGAAAAACAAUAAAAUCUCUCUGGAAAAAGGAAAGCUAAAGAAGGUUAUGAUACUGCACCCAGCUAGUAACCAAAACUAGUUUGGAAUCAUUUGUAUUCAUUUCUGCAGUUUGCCAGGGAUUCAAUCACCUCUCUAAAAUGAGAGUGGGCUGAUACAUUUGCAAAUCCACACACAACUCAGACAGAAUACCCACUGCCAACAUCAAAUAGCAAAGAUACUAAUUUUUUAAGCCAAAAAUCUGCUCUAACACAUGUAAUUUCUUAAUGUGCCUAAGUUCUGUACCAAUUUAAUGAAUGGAAUUGACUGAACUUUCCAAACUCCACUAAUUAUUAAAAUCCACCUGCUUAUUCUGAUGCUAGUCACCAAGAGCUAGACGCCAUCUUUCCAAUAAAAAUGAGCCCCAUGUAGCACUAGGUCUGAAUCCUAAAAUUGAAAAAAGACAGUUUCUUAAGGCAUACUUCCUAUACAGAGCUAUGGGGGGAGGAUAUAAAUACCCCAUUCUCCCUCUACAUUGUGGAUAUCAAUAUGAUAUUUGAAAAAAUAUUUUUAGAAGCUGACUUACAUGAACAUUUUCCUAAUACAGCAAUACAGUGACAGACCUGUCUCAAAAAUCUUUUGAGAUAUGCUUUUCGUAUCUUAUUGGUUAAAGUGCUUCAACCAGAAAAAUACAAUGGUGAUAAGGCCAUCCAUAGAUACUUAAAUAUUUCUGUCCCUAAGCUAGGGAAAACUUGAAUAAUUUAAGGCAAAAACAAACAGAAAAUGAUAGUUUAAGCUUUCAUACUGUCAUUGCAAACAUCUGGAAACACCUGCUACUCCUUCAACCUACCUGUUCUUCCUUGGUAAUUAAAAGAAAAGUUUCAUCUAUGGAAUGUUUGUUUACCCUUUCUAUCCACACAGACUGGAAACCAAAAGUACAGUCCAAACACAUUGUGUUCAAUCACCUUAA